GCGCCGGGGAGAAGAGCCUGAGGCAGUCCGUACCGCGGCUUCUGGCCUGCAACUGCAGCACUAGUGAAAACGCGCUUGGACUGUUUUUCUCUUGCCCGCUCCUCUUGCAGCAGCGCUGUGCUGGCGCGCAAGGGAAGGGAGCGAUCGCUGGGUUUGGACGCUGAAGAGCUUCCCUGACCUAUAGGGGAUCUACAGGAGUCAAGUUCUUUCCAUAAGUUCUCAAAGCGUCUUUGCUUUCUAGGAAAAAUGACUUCUGAAAGCAGUUCUUUCGUGAAAGGUGUGGUGUUAGGAGGAGUCUUCUGCGUGUUGGUUACGCUUCUGGGACACGUCAAGAUGGGCCAUGGCACUAAAGAACGUCACCACGAGCAUCAUCACAUUCAAGCUCCCAACAAAGAAGAUGUCUUAAAUCUUUCAGAAGGUGAACGUAUGGAGCUUAGUGAAAGUAUCCGUGUUUACUGUAUCAUCCUGGUGAGACCAAAAGAUCUCGGGCACUGGGCUGCCGUGAAGGAGACGUGGAGCAAGCACUGUGACAAGGCAGAGUUUUACAGCUCUGAAAAAGUUAAAGUAUUUGAUUCGGUAGCCCUCAAUACAAAUGAUAUGUGGAUGAUGAUGAGAAAAGCUUACAAAAUAACUUAUGAACGUUAUAAAAAUGAAUUCAACUGGUUCUUUCUUGCACAUCCAACAACGUUUGCCAUUAUUGAAAAUCUCAAAUAUUUCUUGCUGAAAAAAGACCCUUCACAGCCUUUUUAUAUAGGUCAUACUGUGAAAUCCGGUGACCUUGAGUACGUAGAUGGUGAUGGAGGAAUCGUCUUAAGCAUCGAAUCGCUAAGACGACUUUCCACUGUUUUUGAAGACUCUGACAAAUGUCCAGAGCAGGGAGGUAUGAUUUGGAAACUUUCUGAGGAUAAACAGCUGGCAGUUUGCCUGAAGUAUACUGGAGUGUUCGCUGAAAACGCAGAAGACUCAGAAGGAAAAGAUGUCUUUAAUACCAAAUCAGUCAGUGCUCUCAUUAAAGAGGCAAUGUCCAGUCACCCUCAGCAAGUGGUGGAAGGUUGCUGCUCAGACACGGCCAUCACCUUCAGCGGACUGGCCCCGAACCACAUGCACGUAAUGAUGUAUGGCGUUUACAGGCUGAGACCGUAUGGCCACACUUACAAUGAUGCCCUUGUCUUCUUACCACCUGCAGAUUCAGACAAUGACUGACGUCUCUUCAGAGAAGGCAUGUAACCAUGAAGUCUGCCCUUCCUGUGACAUGUGUCUGUACAGACUGAUUCAAUUUUUGUAUCUGAUGGUACUGGUGAACAUUUUGCACAUUGAGGUUUGGUAAUGCUUUUAAUUUUAGAAGUGGGAAGGAGAACUCUUUUCUAUAUCUUUUAUACAGAAACGUUUCUGGCUUUUGACAGUGCUGAAAUGAAACGCUAAAGGAAUUGUUCAUGUUUGUGAUAAAGGAAAUUAAAUUUAUAUGGGGUGUUUGUAUAUGUAAAUAUUUAUUAAUGAAAAAUCAAGUGAACCUUAGUCUACUGUUACAAAUAUAUUUUUGCAAGAUUUUGAUUCUUUUGAAUUCUUUCAGGCAUUUCUCCAAUGUCUUUCUAUCUUUCUAAGCUGUACCAAUAAAACUGACUACAAAUUCAUUAUCAAUGAUUAACUUUAAGCUAUUUCCUUUGCAUUAAGCUGUCAAACUCACUUUUUAUAGUCUCAAAUUUCAGUGGACUGUAGAAUCUUAGUUAGUGUUUGUGAACAAUGUGGAGGGAUGCUAUAUCUACUAAUUAAUCAUUGGAAUUGAUUUUUUGUGAAAAAUACUCAUCUUACCUUGUACUGUUGAAACUACUUUCUCUAACCUGUGGCACAGAUGAGGCUGAGCACGUUUCUGUGCCUUAUGUUCAGAUUAAGAACGCAGCAGACAAAAACGUAGAAAGUAGGGAGAAUAACCUGAAGCCACAACCCAAAACAUUUUCUUAAAAGAAAAGACUUAGGUAGCCACGAGGUAAGGCUUCAAAUACCCUUUUUCAUACAAGCAAAACCAUGUAUUAUUUUUAAAGGAAGAAAUACUGUUUACUGAAAAAAGCCUUGUGUUCUUUGGAGGAGUUGCAUAGCAGCAAAAGAACAAACUUAGUAUGUGCUACAUCAUGUACUCUCUCGGGGGGACUGCAACCAUGCAAGCGUUUAGACUAGAAAGUUAACAGUUUUAAGGAAGUAAAUCAAGUGCCUGGCAGUAGCAGUCAGGUGUCACUGUAAUCUGUGAACAUCCAAGACAACCAAAGCUUCUCACUUUUAGUUGUGAAAUAAAACUAUGCAUUCUCUUCACUGAACGUUACAAGAGACCGAGCAAGCUUUCUUCCUGUUAGGUGUUUACUGAUGGUUACAGGACUGACCUGGGCUCUUGGGUUGCCCAGCAUUGCUUGAUGCUUUGUUUUAACAUGCAAUUAAAAA